AUGAUUGUCUACGACCAUGAUGUGUCAAAAGUACUGUCAAAAGAACAUUAAUUUAUACCAUCAAAAUCAAAACGAGUUUCCUUAAUUUCUUCUACUGGUUUAUGGCUAUUCGUUCCCUGAUAAAGGAAGUGGCUUUGUUGUUGUACAUCAUAGGGAUAUCGCAGGCAGAGAGGGAUCUACUUGAUACCAUCCAUCUGAAUGCCGACAAUCCACCGGAAGUAAAUGAUUUUCUUCACGAAGUUUUACAAUUUCAAAACGAUUUUCGAUGGAUACGAAGACAAGCGCAAGAGUCAGAGAUUAAUAAUAAUCAAUUUAAAAAAUCUAUUUUUACCACACCUUCAAAUCAGAUAGAUUUUCUCAAUAAAAAGGAUAACCCACAAAACGUUUUGUCGCAACCUGCUAACGAUGCCAGUUACGAUUUAAGCAAUGGAAAUAAGCCACAAAAUCAACGACCCAUUUAUAAUUUAAGAAGACCUAUAAGAAGGUCGUUAAGAAAGAAAAGAAAACGAAAACGUCGCAAAUCAGGUCUUGUUAGACGUCGAAGAUCUAAGGGUAGCGUCAACUUGGAUUUAGAUAAUGAGCAAGAUAGUGGUAGUGAGGUGAAGGUUGUUCCAAGAAGUGAAACAGGUGUUCAAAACGUCCCUGGUCAAAAAUAUUAUGGUAGACAUAGGAAAUCAUCUGAAUCAUCGGACAACUGCCUUAACCCCGAUCACAAUGAACACAAUGUAGUGUGGAAAAAUAGAUCUGCGAAUGACAGCCGAGAUUCUGGUGAAUAUUAUUACACUUCGCCUCAUGAUGUUCUGGGGUUAGCACAAGAUAUGGUUGGAGGAAGUAAUGAUUUAAACAAAAACCAAAGUUGCAAAACAUUCGUGAAAUCUGCCAAAGUUUCUGGAAGACCAUGUAGGAAUAUAUCGAAUCCAGGGAUUGCGCAACAAAUGAAACCUAUUAAUCCAUUAUUUCAACAAAAUCCACCUAAAUUAACACAAACACCACCUUCUCAAUUCACGUUACCUCCACCUCAUUACUUUCAACCCCAAUUGCAGAGUGGAUCAGCUUUAAAUUCACCACCCCAACAUAAUUUCCCUUCAUUAGACACUUUUUCAUUGCCAUCUUUAAAAUCAACAACAAAAUUUUUGACAGAAACAAAAAAUAAUGAUUUUAUGAAGUUGGUUAAUUACAUUGAAACACCAAGUAGAGACAAUCAAAUUCCCUCGAAACAAGAGCUCCUUCGAAAAGAUAGCGAUAACCUUUUAGAAAAUAUCGACCACGUUCUUAAAGCCGAUCGAAGUGGUCUUCAUAUGUUUCAACCAGUAGCUCAACCUCCGAGAAUGAGAGACGAUGACUUUUCAUCAACGGAGAAGGAAUCGCCUUCGUUUGGAAUGUACAAAAACUUUGAUGUUGAAAACUAUAACCAUGCAAUAAUCAAAAAUAUAAUGGCAUCAAAAAGAAUUCUUCCAUCGAAAGUUAAUUAUAACUUUGGAAACACCAAUAAAAGAUUAAUAUCAGUUAACAAACGCGAUGUUGCUGAAGACGACGACGAAGAACACGUUCCAAACGUUGAAUUAAAAUUCAAUUCACGCCCUGAACAAAAAUUUAAACCGAAAGCUCCGACAAGUAAACGAAGGUCGAGUGCUAAUAAAAAGAAGAAGAAAAAAAGUAAUCAUCACUUCCCUUUUUUAACAUCCGAUCCAACGACUUCAACAACCACAAUGAUUUUACCCAGCGCUGGGUUAAUGUUUACUAUAAGCUCAACAAGUAAUUCAAUGGUAAAUAAUCCUAAUAUAAAGCUCCUUGAAAACGCUGAUGAUGAUAAUAAUAAAAAUCUUAAAAUGACUUUAAGAGAAUAUUUAAAUAGGGAAAAUGCCCAUAAUUUAGAAAAACAACAACAAGAACAAGAAGAUGAGGACAAUACUUUUGAUUAUAAUGUGGGCCAAGAAAAGAAAAUUGAAUUGGAAGACUUAACAGAACCUACAUCAGCCGCUGAGCAAAGAGAAUUAGGUAGAAAGGAUGAAUCAGCCACACCAAUCAUUACCAACGACGAUACUGACAAUCAAUUUAUUGUGAUUCCGUUGAAAAAACAAGUUCCAGUUGAUGUUAUGGGUUAUCGCAGUGCUGAUUUUGAUACGAUUAAUUCUCUUGAUAGUUUUAGAGUUAAAGAUUCAGAAGAUGUUAUUCAUUUAGGAAAAAAAUCAACCGAAAAUAAAGAAUUAAAAAAGAUUUCCGAUUUAGAUGAAAAAGUUAUUGAUACCGAUCAAAAGAGAAAUAUUAUCGCAAAGAAAAAAGUAAUUCUUGAUAACCCAUCGAUUUUAAACUUAGAAAACGAUCAAUUUUAUUAUGAAAAUAACCAAGGGAAACUUAGCCCAAUUAAACAAAUGGAUUAUAAUUAUUACGACAACUUUGAACAAAAACGAGAAAUUCAAACGAAUCAAUUAUCAAAGAGUAUGCCGAAUUUUAAAGGAAGAAAAUUGCAAAACGAGGAAAAUUAUUAUUAUUAUGAUAAUAAUGAUGAAGCAAACGAAGAAAUGAGAGAAAAAAGAGAUCCUUACGAUUUGUAUUUGAACAUGCUAAAACGGUCUGAAGAUGAUGAGCCAGAUGAAGAACCAGGAAAUGACUCAAAAGAACCCCAUUACAAACAAAAAAAAGUUCAAGAAAACGAACCUUUAGAUUUAAGUCCAAAAAUUGAAGAAACCGAAACUUUGCAUAUAGAUGUUAUCGAUCCAAAACGAAGAUCUUACGCAGACUCUUUCAACAAUCUCGAUGGGUCCAAUAAACGAAGAUCUGAUGAACAAUCACUGCAUAAACAUGAUCAUAAAAACGCCUCGGACGCAAUAGCUAUAAGUAUAACCACGAUAGAUGAUUUUCAAGUUUCCGAUGAAAAGAAUGGGGAGAAAAGUACAAAAAAUGACCCUGAAUUGCAUAUCAAACAAAUGAAUCAAGAGGAAGAUAUAUCUUCAACAGAACGUAGUUCUCAUUCCAAAAAGAAAAGUACGAGAUUCACAAAAGCUACGACUUGUUAUACUCAAGAAUCUGAGAAAGAAUCAAAUGAAGCUGAAAGUACAACGGAAGAAUCAAAAUCUAACAGAGAUUCGAACGAUCAAUCGACUUGUAUUUUGAUUUCAGCAAAACCAAUUAGUAUUUCUUCUGAAAAAUUGGAGAAAUAUCGAGAAAAAUCGCGUAAUCACGCAUCUAACCAGGCGGAGGAAGGAGGUGAUGAGGAAGAGUUAGAAAAUAUUAAACAUGUUCAGAAAAAAAUUAAAAAAAAGAUUCGGCCUAAAAUGAAAUAUCGAGAUGAUGUUAUCUUAGAUAGUGAUGAAGCUGAUAAUGAAAGCGAAGACGAAGAAUAUUUGAGGAAAAGAAUAAAAGAAAGAAAAAAAAAUAAUAACAAAUUAAUCGAAGAAAGAAAACAUUUAAAGCAUAACAAAAAUUAUGAUAAAGACGUUUCCGAUGAUGAGCGUCAACUUGUUUAUUGCUAUUUAGAUAAAAAUCGAGAUAAAAAAAUACAUCAUAAGCACACAACAACGGAUGAAUAUGAUUAUGUUAAGCCUAAAGUGAUGGCAAGAAGAAUCAAGUCUAAAGAUGAUAAUGAUGACGUCGACGCUGAUGAACUAGAAGAGAAAAAUAAUUAUGAUAAAUUUGAAAAAUAUAAAUAUGAUAAAUAUGAUGAUAGAAAAGAAUCGAAUGAAGAAGAUAAACAAGAUGAAAGACAAGAUGAAAGACAAGAAGAAAGGCAAGGAAUGGAAGAAGAGGAUGAUGAUAAGGAAGUAAUCGAUGGAAAAAAUAAUAAAGAUGAUGAUGAAGAAAAAGGAAUGAAAGAAGAUGGUGACGAAAAAGAUGAUAAAGAAGAAUUUAACACCAAAGAAGAUGAUGAAAAAGAAUAUCACAGCAAACCUAAAAAGGUAAUGCUUCAUAACCAUAGAAAGAAAGUAGCAAAACAUAGAAGACCUAAUAAAGAAGAUGCACAACUAGAAGAAUUUGAGCCAAAAGUAAUAUACAAACAUCUAAAAAAAUCCAAAAAAAAUAACAAAGCCAAAUAUAACAAUUACAAAAAUAGCGAAGAAAAUGACGUUAUUGGAUCAUUUAAAGAUGAUGAUGAUGAUGACAUGGAUAUAAAACCAUCAAGAUCUGGGGAAAAAAAAGAUGAAGAUUUUAAUAAAGCAGUAACUGAAAAAAGAGCAUUGAUAUUAACAGAUGGCGAAUCGGCUGUCACAGUUUAUCGAUCGAAACCGAGACCACGCAGCCCGACGAUGAACGUGCAAGAUCGUAACGGCACAAAGGAACAAGCUGAACACUCUUCCGAAUGUAAUCCUGGAUCGACUGAUGAAACUCCGCCGAAUGAAGAUAAUCAAGAAACUUCGGAAAAUGGUGAUGAGGCAGAUGUUAAAAGUGAACAAAAAGAUGGUGGACAAGAAGAUGCUGGACAAAAGGAUGCCGAGCAAAAAGAUGGUGGGGAAAAAGAUGUUCCGGAACAAGAUGGUGGACAGAAAGAUGAUGCACAAAAUGGUUCGGAAGAAAAAGAUGGUGCAGAACAAAAUGAUGGUGAGGAGAAAGAUGGUGGACAAAAUGAUGCUGAACAAAAAGAUAGUGGAGAAAAAGAUGGUGGACAAAAUGAUGCUGAACAAAAAGAUGGUGGAGAAAAAGAUGGGGGACAAAAUGAUACUGAACAAAAAGAUGCUGAACCACAAGAUAAUUCUGAUCAAGAUAAUACUGCUGAAGUUUCCAAGCCUCGACCAGUAGGAGAAAAAGUAAGUGCUGGAGAAGGGAAAAGUUCUGAACCAUUAGCUGCUAUGAAAAGUGAAGGCAAAGUUUAUGAAUUACCUAAAAAUGAUAGUAAUAAAGAAUCAAAAGAUGAUGAAGAAAAUGAAACUGGUGGAAUUUUAGAAGAAGAAGAAGAAACAGGAUCAACAUCGGCUGGUAACCAAGGAGAUAAUGCAAUCAAUUAUAAUUACUUCAACGUAACGAUUAAUAUGGUUUCAAAUGGGGCGGGUUCUGAAAAUCCAAGUGAAGAAGGUUCUGAUUUGGAAGUAGGAACGAAAUCACCCAAAGUUGACGUGAACAACGAUCAAGAAUUGCAACAGUUAACCAAAAACAUUAUUGAAUUAAUUAAAAAAGGAAAAUAUUGUAAUUCGCCCAAUGGACAUUCUCUUAAAAGUAGCCAUAAGAAUGAAACAUAUGGCCAAGGAGGAAAUGUUGGAAGUUCAGGAGAAGAAAUCCAUCAAACUGAAAAUAAAGCCGAACCGGCUGGAGGACAAGACGAAAACGAAAACAAUUCUGACUCUGAAGAAACCAAACCCGUUGAUGAAUCAAAAAAAGUAGGAAAAGUUGAAGAUAUAACCGAAGGGGGAAGAGAAUCCGAAGACACUCAAGAAAAUGGCGACGCCACAACGGAGAGUAACGAAGAUACUGAACAACCAGAUGAAAUUUAUAAAGAGGAAGGUGAUUCACCCGAUACAACAAAGACAAAUGAAAACAAUAAUACUGAUACUUCCAAACCAUUUAAUGAAGGGCAGCCUAAAAAAGCACAAGCAGCUCUAAAAGGGGGGCACGAUGAAACUGGUGCAGCUUUUAAAGCGAAAGUUGAUCAAAUGAGGAAGAAAGGUCACCAGGAAGAUGAUAACGCAAAUUCGAAUGAAAACGAAAAACAAUCUAGCGGAAAUUGCAAACUUGACCAAGCCAAAUCAAAAAAUGGGGAAGAAAACAAGGAAUCAAGUGAAGAUGUUAAAAGCGAAACUGAAGGUGGCACAGAAAAUGAUGAAAAUAAAGAAAGCGAAGACGGCAAAGAAAGUGAAGCUAACAAAAACGAUGAAAAAGAUAAUGAAUCAGAAAACGUAGACAAUGAACAAGAAUCUGAUAACAAAGAAAAUGGUGAAAAUAAAAAUGCCGAAAAUGAAAACGAUGAUAAUAAAGGAAAUGAAGACGAAAAAGAUGCUUCUGAUGAAGAUAAAGAACCAGAAACGCAAGAUAAAGAUAAAAAGCCGAAACAAGGUCAAGCUGCGUCUGUUGGGGAAUCAUCUAAAGAUGAAACUUCCGGUAGCCAAGCAGCUUUCAAAGCAAAUCAACCUACAUCUCACGAAACUGAAACUUCGUCCGCUUCAAAAUCUAACGCCGUCUCAGGAAGUUUAUCAUUAAAUGCAUCGGCUUCGGUUCAAUGUAACAAUAACACAAAUGCGUUUGAAAGUGCUCAUAGAGAACCAUUAAAAGCACAGUCUUCGCCAUUAAGAGAGGAUCCAGUUGAAGAUUCCGAUUUAAUAAUAUCAGAACCAAAAACAGAUAAGAAACCGAUUUUAAUCAAAAGUAGUACUGUUGUGCAUAUCGGAGGUAAAACUUCAGCGCCCACAACGGGAUUCCAAUCGUCAACUCAAGAUUCCGACGAUGUAUUCCCGCAAAAUAUAGGAGAAGAUGAUAUUAAAGAUAUAAUAACGAGCAGGGAAUCCGAUAAAUAUCCCUUAUCUUUGUUUCACAAACCUCAAUCUCUCGAAGAAUUAUCUGAAGAAGAAAUUCUUGAAAACGAUCAAAGAAACAUGAUGAUUAAAAAUCCCGAAAGAAAUCAAAUUUUAUCGCAAAAUAUUCAAGGUUUAAUAAGUCGAUAUAAAAAUCGUUUUACACCAAGUUUAUCGAGACGAGAUAUUCGUCCAUCUGUCGUACAUCAUCAUUCGGAGAAAAAGCAUCAAAAACCAAUUCCGAAAGAUCAAUGUGUUAGAGGUCCGGGUGGUUAUUACGACAAUGAUUUGCUCAAAAGGGAAAUUGAAGAUGUUUUAAAAUUAGAUCAAAGAAAAAAACAAACGAAACGUUCUGAUCAUUUAGAUGAUGACCAAUUUUACUACGAAAGAUUUCCUCCGAAAAGAAACGUUAUAAUACCAGUCAUAAACGCAGCUCAAGAAGAAACCGUUCAAAAAAAUAGUCAAAAUGUUUCGCCGGAUGAUUUAGAGUAUUAUCACGAAAAGAGAAUUAUGAAAAAUUCUUUAGUUCCUGUAGUUAGGCCGGCCAAAGAAGCGUAUAUGGACAUAGAAUCGGUAGACGAAGAUUUGAAGGAAAAGCUUCUAUUUCAAAAAGUUUACGAUUCCGUGAUGAGAUCUAGAAAAAAAGCGCAUAAUCCCGAUAUCUAUAAAUCACUCGAUGAAUAUUUUGAAAACGCUUCAGUUCAAGAUGAUGAUGAUUUACCAAUUUCCUCCGGAGAUGAUAGCUUGGAUAACAUAGAAAUACCAGUAAAACGUAAGCAGGAAUACGAAGAACAAAAACAAAGAGAUGAAAACACAACACCAGAUACAGGAGGAGGUUUGGUAGAAGUUUCGCGGCCCAGAAAAAAAGUUGAUAAUCAAAAAAAAAAACUUAAAAAAAAAAUGUUCGAUGAUAUAGUAGACAUAUCUAAGAAUUCAUACGAAAAUUUUGAUGAUAUUGAACGAACAUCAACAGAAAAUUCAAAAAUUAAAUUAGAUGAUGUUGAAAGUUUUAAAGAUGUCAUCGAACAACCAAUCAGUUUCAAUUCAAAAAGAAGUACAUUAGGCAGACAAUUAAAAAAUUUAGAAUCCGAGUCAUCUUAUCUUUCUCCAAUUCUCGAAGAUGACGGUGGCGAAGAAAACAUACGUCUUCGUAGAAAAUUAAGAAAUCUUCACCAAUUUACCAGACAAGUAUCCCAACCACCUCUCAAUCAAAUAAUACCGUUCAAUUACAACGACUACAUUCAAAAUCAUCGUUUUGGUCAAAACUUGGAGCGUGCGAACAAUCCAGGAGAUAUCGCUAGUUUUCGUGACGCUCAAACGCCUCAAAGUGGCAGCCAAGACUUUUCACCAGAAAAUGAAAUUGCCACCGACUCAUCACAAAUUUCAACAGCAUGUCUGGAUAAUUUAACGAUAACAAAACAAUCUGAAGGAUAUGACGAAGCUUCAAAUCGAUCAAAAGGAACUGAUGAUGAACAAAAGAAAAAGGAACGGGAAGAUAUGAGAAAUAUGCUUAAUGGUGAUUUACCAAUGAAUCUUAUUAAUAUAUUUUAUGGGAAAUUAAAAGAUAAUAGUGGAUUAUUUAAUAGAUUUGGUGGUAGUAUAUCAAAUUCGAAAGAAUGUGCUUAUGAAAAUGUGAUGAAUAUUAAAUCAUUUAGAGAAGAUCAAGCAAAAGUUGAUAUUAAACACGCUGAAGAAAUGUUACAUGAAGUUAUCGUAAUGUUAAAUAGAAUAGUAGCAGAUCAAGUGCAUAGAAAAACGUGUUUAAAAUUAUCACCAAAUUUAAAAUUGUAUAUAAUUCGUAUAACUAAAGGAAUGAGGAAUUUUAAGAAGAGUAGUCAAAUAGCAGAGGGUUAUCCUUUGCCUAAAAUAAAAUAUAGAUCGAGCCAAGACUCAGUAACUGCUCCUCCAGAAGAAGAACAAGGGCAUUUACUUUUCGAAGAACCAAGUGGUGAACAGGACAUUGGAAAAGAAGAGGCGGAUGACAAUAAAGAUGAACUAAGAAAAAGAAUAAGAUUGAUACAAAGAUUGUUAGAGAAAUACGAAAGAAUGUCUAUGAGGUGUCAAGUACAAGUAACUCCGGUUAGAAAUUAUUUAUUAGAUCAUCUCAAACUGCUAACAGAUUUACUUGAGAAUUCUAAGUCUUCAGCAUCAACUUGCCCAAGUGGUGUUAAAGAACCAAAAGAACCUCCAAUAUCCGACGAAGAACUUGCAGCGCCACAUCAACAAAACAUGGCAAAUUUUCAAGCGGAAAAUAAACAAGUUGAAUUCACUACAAUAUUACAACGUUCCGUUCAAUUGAAUAAAAUUCCCAACAAUGAGGUAACACACCGACAGCAAGUGUUGAUAGAAACCCAAGAAGAUCAACGAAAAAUUGAAGAUAUGAACCAAUAUAUUUCAGAACAUCAAAAAGUUCAUGAAAAUCCACCUACAAAAAUUCACGAUAACGUAGGACAUGCAGAUAAAGAUUUACCAUUCAGCGAUUUAAAAGAUUAUAGAAGAAAUGACUUAAACAACAUUCAAGUACCAUAUUCUGGAAAUAUGGUUUUGAACCAAAAUGUGAUUCCUCUCUCCCUUCAUUCUAAUCCCUCAAUAUCUGAAGAACAUGGUACAGAACUACAAAUACGUUCUCAACCACCACCAGCCCCCGCACCACAACCACAACCCGAGCCAACAAAACAUGCCAAUCAACCACAAUGCGCAAUUCAAAAUGGUCAACAAUUAACUACGGGCGGAGGAUAUGGGGAACCCGAAAAAUCUAGAGGUCCAGGUGGGCCUCGAGGUCCUGAUGGAUCUGAACAGAAGAUAAACGGUCCUGAUGAAGGUCCUGGAAAUCUUGGAAGUCCUGGAAAUGUGGGAGGUUCUGCAAAUCUUGGAGGUCCUCCAAAUGUUGGAGGUCCUGAAGGAGCUGGAGGUCCUGAAGGAGCUGGAGGUCCUGAAGGACCUGGUGGUCCUUCAGGGGCAACAAAUAAUCCUGGUAAUCCUGCCGAAGAUACAACAAAAUAUUCUUACCCAGAUUUGGUUACAAAGGAUUUAAUGCAAUUAGGAUUAGGUGGAGCAAAUACAUACUUACCACCAUUUAGUGUUGAUGGUAUGGUGAAAGAAAAUAUGAUGAAAAUGAAUAAUAUAGGAAAUCCGCAACAAGCUUCAAUGGGAGGUGGUAACGCACCUCCUAAUCCAACAGGUCCGCAACGCUUAUCACCUCAAAGUCUUCAAAGAAUUAUACAAUCAAGUUUAUCUACACCAAUUAAUAUGAUGAUUUCUUCAAAAUAUCAACCAAAACCACGAUCGGGUUCUCAAGAGAUUAAUGAUAUUUUAAGUCCAUCUUCACGAUCUCCCAUUGAAGUUCGAGAAGCUUCAACGCCACAUAAAGAUUCAUCGUUGAAGCAGAAACAAAGAUAUAAAAGAGUGAGCAAUGAUGAUAACGAAGAAGAUACCAACGAGGAAGCUUCUUCAAAGAUACGAAAAUUAGCAUUAAAUUUAUAUCAAGAGCCACAACAAGACCUCGUAGAACAAAAUGGUAAAUCACUUCGUUCAACAAUACAUAGUCAUUUGUUUAACGAAGCUCAAGUUAUAGAGUCAUCAGGGAAUACAAAAAUUGAAGAUGACGAAUCUUCGCAUAAUACAGAGAGUGUAAUACGUGAUAUAAUACAAGAUUCCGAACAACACAUCGUCCCGAUUGAAGUAAAUUUAUCUAAUGAUGACGAAACUUAUUUCGUAGCAAACCUGAAUCGACCAACGCAAUUCCCUGAUGCAGAAACCUCACUACAAAGAAAAGAUCAAAAUGAUGUUGUAAAUAGGUUUUCACGUAAAAAUACUAAUUGGACAGGUACGGAUAAGUACAAAAAGUUGAUUGAAGCAUAUGAAUCGUUGAGAGAUAAAAGACAAAACGAAGAUCGUUUUUCAAAGUUAUUUGCAACAAAAGACGAUGAUAAAUUAAUAUUAAAAGCAGCGAACAAGCAGAUACAAGAUAUAUCUAAAGUAAAUUUUGAAAAACCUUUAGUAUAUAGUUUAGAUUGAUAGAAUCAAUUUAUUUUUAUAAUAUGUAUUAUACAACAUCUUUUUAUAUACCCUUAUUUUUAUACAUUAAAA